AUGGGCCCUUGCCGCCUAUUCGGGCUCCUGCUCGCCGCCUGCGCCGGGCUUCUGCCCACCGGCCCUGGCUGCCUCGCACGACCCUGCUACGAUGAGCUGGUUGCUCCCCUUUACUCCUCAUCCCUCGGUGCCUCCUCCAGAUACAACAUCUUCUACUCGCCCAGCUUUGCCCGGCUGCACAGCACCAGUGGCUGGUCCCCUGACCCCCGAGACAAGCAGCCCUGGCUCCAGAUCGACCUGAUGCAGAAGCACCGGAUUAACGCUGUGGCCACGCAGGGAACCUUCAACACCUAUGACUGGCUGACGCGCUACAUCCUGCUCUUUGCAGACCACCCCACCAGCUGGAAACCCUUCUUCCAGCAGGGCAGCAACUGGACGUUCUUUGGGAACGUGAACGAGAGCGGAGUGGUGCGGCACGACCUGCACUACCCCAUCCUCGCACGCUACAUCCGCAUCAUCCCUGUGGCCUGGAACCCGCGGGGCAAGAUUGGGCUGCGCCUGGGCCUCUAUGGCUGCCCCUACCGGUCCCACGUGCUCUUCUUUGAUGGUGACGAUGCCAUCUCCUACCGCUUCCGGGCCAAGAGGAUCAGCACCUUCGAGGAUGACAUCUCCUUCAACUUCAAGACGCUGGAGCAGGAUGGGGUGCUGAUGCAUGGGGAGGGCUCGCAGGGUGACUAUAUCACAGUGGAGCUUAAGCAGGCCCAGCUGCUCCUGCACAUCAGCUUAGGCAGCAGCCUGCUGCAUGCCAGCGAGAGCCACACGACGGUGGCAGUGGGCAGCCUCCUGGAUGACCAGCACUGGCAUUCGCUGCACAUCGAGCGCCUCGGCCACCACCUCAACCUGACACUGGAUGGGGAGGUCAAACGCUUCCGCUGCCGUGGCACCUUUGACCAGCUCGACCUCGACACUGAGGUCUUCUUUGGGGGAGUGAUAGACCACGACAAGCAGCACCUCACCUACCGGCAGAACUUCCGGGGCUGUGUAGAGAACAUCAUCUUCAAUGGGGUCAACAUCGCUGACCUGGCCAGGCACCGCCGACCCAACAUCCGCUUCGAGGGCAGUGUGGGCCACUAUUGCCAGGACCAGCUGAACAACCCCAUCACCUUCGCUGGCAUCAACAACUAUGUGCGGGUGCCAGGGAUCCCACGGCGGAACCGCCUGGCCGUCAGCUUCCGCUUCCGCUCCUGGGACACCGCUGGGCUGCUGCUCUACACCAGCUUUGCUGACAACCUGGGCUCCCUCGAGGUGGUGCUGAGUGAGGGGCAGAUCAACGUCUCCAUCGCCCAACCCGGCAAGAAGAAGCUGGAGUUUGCGGCAGGGCAUCACCUGAACGAUGGCUUCUGGCACUCAGUGCAGCUUGUGGCACGGGAUGGCUCAGCCGUGGUGACCAUUGAUGACGACGACGGUGCCGAGUUCCGGGUGGCACAUCCCUUCCAGCUCCGCACCGGCAGCCAGUACUUCUUUGGAGGCUGCCCCAAGCCGGCCUCAGUUACUGGCUGCCGGUCGAACCAGACAGCCUUCCAUGGCUGCCUGCAGAUGCUGAAUGUGGACAUGCAGCCUGUGGACGUGGAGCUGCUGGCACUGCAGCGGCUGGCACAGUACUACAAUGUGUACUUCAAUGUCUGUGGCAUCACAGACAGGUGCACCCCCAACCUGUGUGAACAUGAUGGCCGCUGCAUCCAGUCCUGGGAUGACUUCAUGUGCAUCUGUGACCUGACUGGGUACAAGGGGGAAACCUGCCACAAAUCCCUUUACAAGGAGUCAUGCGAUGCUUACCGGGUCAGUGGGAAAACCUCAGGGAACUACACCAUUGACCCUGACGGCAGUGGCCCGCUCAAGCCCUUCACUGUCUACUGCGAUAUCCGAGAGGACCGAGCGUGGACCAUCGUCCGGCACAACCGGCACUAUGCCACGCGGGUGACAGGCUCCAGCGUGGACCAGCCCUACCUGGGGGCCGUGGAGUACUGGAACGCGUCCUGGGCCGAGGUGUCAGCUCUGGCCAACGCCUCCGAGUACUGUGAGCAGCGCAUCGAGUUCCAUUGCUACAGCUCCCGGCUGCUCAACAGCCCCUAUGGGCCACCUUUCAGCUUCUGGAUGGGCCGGCACAACGAGCGGCACUACUACUGGGGGGGCUCGCGGCCAGGUGUCCGGCGCUGUGGCUGUGGCCUGGACAAGAACUGUGCUGACCCCAAGCACUUCUGCAACUGUGACGCUGACCAUGCGCUGUGGAGGACGGACAAGGGUCUGCUGACCUUCGUGGACCACCUGCCUGUCACCCAGGUUGUGGUGGGAGACACGAACCGCACUGGCUCUGAAGCCCAGUUCCUGCUGGGGCCCCUUCGGUGCUACGGAGACCGCAACACCUGGAACACCGUCUCCUUCAACAGGGGUGCGGCCCUGCUCUUCCCCACCUUCCAGGCCAACCACAGCCUUGACAUCUCCUUCUACUUCAAGACCACUGCCCAGUCCGGCGUCUUCCUGGAGAACCCUGGCUCCCGAAACUACAUCCGUGUGGAGCUCAACACCACCAGGGACGUGGUAUUUGCCUAUGACAUUGGGAACGGGGAUGAGAACGUGACAGUGCGGGCGGAGUUGCCUUGGAACGACGAUGAGUGGCACCAGGUGAAGGCUGAGCUCAAUGUCAAGCUGGCACGGCUGCGGGUGGACAAGCUGCCCUGGGUGGUGCGGACAGCUCCCCCCCAGAGUUUCGUCCGCCUGGACUUCGACAGACCCCUCUAUGUUGGCACAGCAGAGCACAAGAUGCGCCCAUUCCUGGGAUGCCUGCGGGCACUACGAAUGAACGGGGUGACGCUGAACCUGGAGGGCAAGGCCAAUGAGACCGAGGGUGUGCAGGUCAACUGCACCGGGCACUGCCAGGACCCACCGGUGCCUUGCCAGAACAGCGGGCUCUGUGUCGAGCGCUACAGCCACUACAGCUGCAACUGCAGCAUCUCCGCCUUCGACGGUCCCUUCUGCAACCACGACAUCGGUGGGUACUUCGAGGAGGGCACCUGGGUGCGGUACAACAUCCUGCCCAUGUCACUGUAUGCUGCCCGCGAGUUCGCCAGCAUCAUCAGCAGCCCCUGGCAGCCCCUGCCCGGCUACAACCUCACCAGCGAGGAGGUCAGCUUCAGCUUCAGCACCACCUCAGCGCCGGCCGUGCUGCUCUAUGUCAGCACCUUCGUCAAGGACUACAUGGCUGUGCUCAUCAAAGAUGAUGGGAGCCUGCAGCUGCGCUACCAGCUGGGCACCAGCCCCUAUGUUUUUGCCCUCACCACCAAGCCAAUGACAGACGGGAGGCCACACCGUGUCAACAUCACUCGCCUGCACCGCACGCUCUACACCCAGGUGGACUAUCUCCCUGUCGUGGAGCAGCAGUUCUCCCUGUUCGUGGACAGCAAGCUGGACUCACCCAAAAAUCUGUACCUGGGUCGUGUGAUGGAGACCGGCAUGAUUGAUCCUGAGAUCCAGCGCUACAACACACCUGGCUUCUCGGGUUGCCUCUCGGGGGUGAAGUUCAACACCCUGGUCCCACUCAAAGCCAUCUUCCGCCCCACCAGCAUCCUGCGGCCCUACAGCAUCCGGGGGGAGCUGGUGGAGUCAAGCUGUGCCUCUAUGCUCCCCCUCACCACCAUCCUCAUCCCUCCUGAGAUGGACCCCUGGUACAUGGGCACAGAGUUCCCACACGUGCACGAUGACAGCUGGAUCGCCAUUGUCAUUGGGUUUGUGAUUUUCCUGCUCCUGCUGCUCGGGGCGCUGCUGGUGCUGCUCUACUUCUAUCACCACCGCUACAAGGGCUCCUACCACACCAACGAGCCCAAGGCAGUGCAGGACUACGGCAGCGCUGCCAAGCCACUGUCGGUGAGCAAGGACCAGAACCUGCCCCAGAUCCUGGAGGAGCCGAAAGGGGACUAG